GCUGGGAGCGCCUUGCCUUGAAAGCCUCCUCUUUGGACCUAGUCACCCACCGCUGUCCUCACGGUGAUGUUGGACUCAGUGACACACAGUACCUUCCUGCCCAACACAUCCUUCUGUGACCCCCUGAUGUCGUGGACUGAUCUGUUCAGCAAUGAAGAGUAUUAUCCUGCCUUUGAGCAUCAGACAGCCUGCGACUCCUACUGGACGUCCGUCCACCCCGAGUACUGGACUAAGCGCCACGUCUGGGAAUGGCUCCAGUUCUGCUGCGAGCAGUACAAGCUGGACGCCAACUGCAUCUCCUUCUGCCACUUCAACAUCAGCGGCCCCCAGCUCUGCAGCAUGACGCAGGACGAGUUCAUCGAAGCGGCUGGCAUCUGCGGGGAGUACCUCUACUUCAUCCUCCAGAACAUCCGCUCGCAAGGUUACUCCUUCUUUACGGACACUGAAGAGACCAAGGCUGCCAUCAAAGACUAUGCUGAUUCUAAUUGCUUGAAAACAAGUGGCGUCAGAAGCCAAGACUGUCCCAGUCAUAGUCGAACGAGCCUCCAAAGUUCUCAUCUAUGGGAAUUUGUACGAGACCUCCUUCUUUCUCCUGAAGAAAACUGUGGCAUUCUGGAAUGGGAAGAUAGGGAACAAGGUAUCUUUCGGGUGGUAAAGUCAGAAGCCCUGGCCAAGAUGUGGGGACAAAGGAAGAAAAAUGACAGAAUGACGUAUGAAAAGUUGAGCCGAGCUCUGAGGUACUACUACAAAACGGGAAUUUUGGAACGGGUCGACCGAAGGCUAGUGUACAAAUUUGGAAAAAACGCACACGGGUGGCAGGAAGACAAGCUAUGAUCUGCUCCGUCGUCAAGCUCCUUGUACAGAUUUCUUGUCUUCUAAAACAAUCAAUCGCAUUGCAAUAGACAUUUGAAAGUCUUUUCGUUGUUGUUGUUGUCGUUCACCUGCAAAGGUGCUGAUAAAAUUUCUCCGCUUCUCAGCUUACAUUUGGGCUCAGAGUUGCUGUUGUCUGCUCCCAUGGUGACAGCAACCCUUGAAGGAAUUCCUUCUUUUUUUCUUACCCAUGGGAAGGAAGGAAUGAUCUUUUGUGGUACCUUGAUCAAACAUUCCUUCCCUAAUCAAGAGUUGCAGAAACACAAUAGCCAGUGCCAUUGGUACCUACUCUGAGGAAAAGGGUCCCUUUCUGCCAUGUGAGACUCAUCCAGUGCUCCCCUUUCGAGGGCCCAAAAGUUUUCACAUAUUUAACUGUGGCACCUGGCAAAGGCAAACAGGAAAAGUGACUCUUUGGUAGCUAGUACAGUAGGACAGGGUGAGAUGUGGGUAAGACAAGCCUCCUGUAGAUUUUUAAUCAUUAAAGUCAAAUGCCAUAGGAAAGUUUCUUAAUUGAUAAAAGAGAGAAUGCAUCAAGCUGGGACAUGAUUGGAUUUAGCAUAGGUUAAAGUAAGUAUCUGAACCAGGGCAUCUUUUGGGCCAUUCAGCAAAACUCCCACGGCCAUCUUUCUAGGGCCACACACUUAAAAUUAGGCACAUUAUUAAUUCCUGCUGAGUUUAGUCCCCCUCUUCUCCUGGUGGUGCGGGGCAGGGGGGCGGCGCAGCAGAGUUAGUCCACAGGUCCUUGCGCCGAUUUCCAAAUCACCACUGUUUCUGAUCCAGGCCGUCAACACCACAAAAUUGUAACUUGUUGAUUCUGUCUGUGGGCCCAGACGUUAAACCUUUAUAGAACUGGCCAGGGCCUGACAACUCUGUAAUGGCCGAUUACAUGGUAAGUCUCCUUUGUUUUGUCUUCCUGGCAUGUACUCAAGCUCUAAAAUGUAUUUCCUUGACAAAAGUAGCGACGGUGAAUUGCUAUCAGUAAACAUUCACGGGUUAAAGUCUGCACUGACAUCUCCUCAUCGCUCACUGGUAGGGAAGCCGUUAGUGACCUACAGGAGGUGGCCUGCCCUGAGGACUGCUUCUCCAGCAGAGCAGGAAGCUCCAGGCCACCGGGCACUGAACCACGGGACAGGCUCGGGACCUCCGUGCUUAGAGCUUCACUUCAAAAGCAACGUGUUUUUAAAAAAAAAAUGUGAAUUACUGUAAAAUAAUCUAUUUUUGGACUCAUGUGUUUUCCAGGUGGAUAUAGUUUGUAAACAAUGUGAAUAAAAUA